GUCUAUAUAAGUGACCAAAACAUGAUAAUGUUAUUUCAUUAGAAAAUAAGCGCGACCGCAAACAACUUUGUUCAUUCUUCCAUGUGUUUCUAAAGAGUGCACAACUCGAACAUGGAAGUUGUUAUGCACGAAGCCAGCACCGUAAAUGAUGAAAACAAUAGUAGUGAAAGUGGUGUUAAAUACAACGGUGGCAGUGUAGAAAAACCAGUGAUCUUACCGCAAUAUGAAGGAACUGAAAGAAGUACUUUCACGAAAUUGGAGCAGACCAUCGACAUUCAGUUUGAAAAUAUUUGCUACACAGCAUCCCUUGGAUUUCGAAAAGGUACAAAACAAAUUCUUCAUGACAUCAAUGGAAGGUUUCCUCCUGGCCAGUUGAUAGCUAUUAUGGGACCUUCAGGCGCUGGUAAAAGUACCCUACUGGAUAUCCUUAGUGGUUACAGAAUCCGAAGAGUAUCCGGCACAGUUCGCACGAACGGUGUUCCCCGAAAUUUAAAAACCUUCAGAAAGUCGUCUUGUUAUAUCCAGCAAGAUGACCGAUUACAACCUUUGUUAACGACCUCCGAGAAUAUGCAAAUAGCAGCGGACCUAAAACUUCCACCUGAAAUUAACAAGACUGAAAAAAAUAAAACUAUUAAUGAAAUUCUCAAGUUGUUAAGCCUCGACAAAACGGCAAGAACUAAAGCCUCAGGGCUCUCAGGAGGUCAAAGGAAAAGGCUCUCGAUUGCGCUAGAACUUGUAAAUAAUCCCACCGUGAUGUUCCUAGAUGAACCUACAACAGGAUUAGACAGUUCUUCCUGCUCACAAUGCAUCAAAUUACUGAAAGACUUAACACUGGAGGGCAGAACAAUAGUAUGCACCAUCCAUCAACCGUCCGCUUCACUUUUCCAGUUAUUUGAUCAAGUUUACGUUUUGGCUGCGGGCAGGUGUUUAUAUCAAGGCAGCACAAAAAAUCUGGUACCCUUCUUAGAAGAUGUAAAACACCCAUGUCCGGCAUACCAUAAUCCCGCAGACUUUGUUAUCGAAAUUGCUUGCGAAGAGUAUGGGUCCGAGGUUAUAGAUGAAAUGGUUAAGGCAGCCGAUAAUGGAAAAAGUUUAACAUAUUUCAACAAGGAUGUGUAUCCCGCGUUGAAUCGUUACUUAGGUGGAAAUGCUACCACCGAGGAAAAUCAAGAGGAUUUAAACGACGAAACCGGUCUACAAGCCACAAGCUCAAUGAACCAACUCAAAGUAUUACUAAGACGAGGAUAUAUCAAAACAAAACGAGACCAGACUCUAACAUACAUGCGUCUCGGAGUAAACGCAAUCGUUGGUCUUAUGUUGGGAACUUUGUAUUGGGGAGCGGGAAAUGACGGUACCAAAGUCCUAGACAACUAUAACCUGUUAUUUUCAAUAUUGAUGCACCAUAUGAUGUCGACCAUGAUGCUUACCAUCCUCACAUUUCCUAACGAGAUGUCCAUUUUGAUAAAAGAACACUUUAACCGAUGGUAUUCAUUGAAGAUGUACUACCUUUCGGUCACGCUGAUAGACAUUCCUAUUUCGGUGGUAUGUUGUUUUAUUUUCUCCGUAAUAAUUUAUUAUACGACUGGUCAGCCUUUGGAAGAAGAUCGGUUUACGAUGUUCUUUAUCAUUAGCAUGUUGGUUGUUUUUGUGGCCCAGAGUUUCGGAUUAAUGGUCGGCGCCGUGUUCAAUGUUAUUAAUGGCACAUUCCUGGGUCCGACGUUAUCAGUACCGAUGAUGAUGUUUGCUGGUUUUGGGGUAACUUUAAAUGAUCUACCGCCUUAUCUCUACUGGGGGAGCUAUAUAUCUUAUCUCCGAUACGGAUUGGAAGGAAUUGUUGACGCCAUCUACGGGAUGGACAGACCAACUAUUUAUUGUCCUGAAGAUCAGUAUUGCCAUUAUAAAUAUCCGAAGAAGUUUCUCCAGGAUGUUGCCAUGAAGGCAGGCCAGUUUGGCAAUGACGUUAUAGCUCUUCUUAUUACUCUAUUCUUUUUGCGAAUUGUAGCGUAUGUACUUCUAAGAUACAAACUUAUGGCUGUCCGUUAAUGAUUAAUUUAUUUAUUUUGAUCAAUGCAAUGUAUCUUAAUUGAUAGAACGUAAGGCUGUGUUAUUUUAUUUUUAUAUUUAUUGUUCUAUGUUAAGUUAUUUUUAUACUUUGUUUUUUAACUUGUUGACUGUAAAUUGUAAUGAAACAACAUGUGUAACAAUAUUUGUGUGUAACUUGACAACUAAAAAAGAACUUGUUCGUCUGCUCUGUAAAAUUUGUACAAAUAUUAGAACAUAUUAAAGCUUUAAUAAACA